UUUUUGAGCUUGAUUACUAGUUUUUGGUAUUUCGUCUUGGGAUUUGCUCAGAAGAUGAACGGUACCGUCGACAAAGGAACGAAUAAUUAUUCUCAGACGCUGUCCAUUGGACAUGCUUCCCCAGCGAAGAUUCCGUGGAGAAGCUUGGGCCAAUAUAAGUACCGGAUCCUCGAAGAUGGCACGCAAACCCAGUAUCGAUUGUGCGUGAUCGAAAGCUUGAUCCCGCCACGCAGCGACGGCCCGGUAUUUCAUUUCCAUGAAAUGCACGACGAGGGGUUUUAUGUGACUAAAGGAAAAGUCCGGUUUCACUCCCCUGGACGCGGCACUCUGGACGCCAGCGCAGGCGACCUCGUUACUGUGCCGAUUCGGCUUCCCCACAAAUUUAGCAAUCCGUUUGAUGAGGAAGCUGUAUUUAUUAAUACAAUCACGCCGGGAUUUUUCGUCCGAUACUUUGAGUAUCUGGAGGAAAUGAUUGGAGAGGGUACGACGUUGACGAAGGAGGUGAAUAUGGAGGCAUUGAAGCGGUUUGCAACAGUGCCUCUGACGGAUGAUAUGGUGAGGCAAUUCGAGGAGGUAUUCGAGAAGAAGGAAUAGGGGUACAAUAGGAACGGUGCUAUGCAACCUCAUAUGCAAAGGACACUGAAGAUUACCCCAAACAAAAUUUGUGGCAAGCAUGAGCCAAUGACUUCUCUGUGUCAUCACUUGUAUUCCGUUAAGCAUUUUCUGCUUUAUAAUAUGUGGCGGUGUGAUAAUUAAAAUCUCAUGCACUUUAAACUC